GUAAAAAUUCUUUAAUUAGUCUGGAAACGGGGGACUUAAUUCUUGCAUUCUGUGAAAACGGGGUAUCUAAAGAUAAUUAAACAAGAUGGAUAUAAGUAGUGCCUUGAAGUCUUUAACAGUAGCAGUCAAUCAACAUAAUAUUAAUGCAACGGAACAAAAUUUAAUUCAAUUACAGAGAAGUCUUGAUAUUUUAAUUGGCUUAACAACAAAAAUUACAGAUUUUGAUCAAUUGGAUCCAGCAAGUUUAGUUUUAACAGAAUCAAUUUCAAGUUUAUCAAAUAUUUUUCUCAAUGCUAAAUCAAAAUUAGGAUUAAUUCAGAGAGUUUUGACAUUAUUACAAAACUUAAUUCAAAGCCAAAAAAUGAAAGAAUUUUUAUGUUCAAAAUUUAAUAUUUAUUCAAUUAUUACAGUUCUUCUUCAGAAUAAUGAUCAUAUUGAAACUGUUCUCAAUCCUUGUCUUUUGCUAUUAAGUAAUAUAACAUAUAAUUUAAAAAUUGAUCAAAUUGAUAAUCUUAUGGAACAGUUAAUAUAUUUAUUAAUUAAUCACAUAGAAAAUGAAAAACCAGAUAUUGAAAUGUUAUGCUUUCGCAUACUUAGUAACUUGUGUCGGAAAAAUUCUUCAGUUCAGUCAUUUAUAAAAAAUAUCCCAACUUCAAAACAAUUGUAUAAAAUACUUAUAGAUAAACUUAAUCAUCCUUGCAGAUAUGUCAUGAUAAACUCAUUAUAUAUACUUGCAAAUUUAAUUUUAGAUAAUGAAAUUGGUGAAAAAUUAUUCAGCACCAAAAAUAUAAAUAAAACAUUUCAGUUGAUAUUUAAUCUUGCUGUUUCUGAAGACCUUCAAGCAAAACAAACUGCAAUUGAUCUUCUUAUGGAUUUAUUAGAAUCUCCAAAUAUGCUUAAGAAAUUCAUAAAUUAUAAAUAUUUAGUACCUUCAUUAGAGAAGAUAAUUCAUAGUUGGUUAAAAAAUGAGACUGCCAAUAAUACAAUCUUAAUUUUAAAAUUAUUGUUAGGAUUUAUAUCAGUUCCAAAUCUAAAAACACAAAUAUCUUUGUUAUUAUUUCCAGUAAAUGAAGAGUAUAAUUCAGAUGUUAUAUUAAAAUUAAUUUCAUGGAUUGAUAAUUCUGAAGAGUUAGAAGUUUCAAUACUAUCAAUAAGACUCUUAAUAGAAGUUAUAAAAGAACAGGUUACAAAUGGAAAAACUUUUGCAAUAGAGUUAAUUAAAAUAAAAUUUGAUUAUAUAAUAAAUCAGAUUGAACAAAUACCAGUAAGCAAGAAGGAAUUUGAGAAGCAAACUUUUUUGUUAGAGAUGUUGAUUGAAAUAUGUAAAAUGUCUCAAUACAAAAAAUGCAUUGCAACUUUAUUAAACAUCAAUAAUGUUGAAGGGGUAAUUAUGAACCAGUUAGAAACAAAUUGUCUUUGUUUGGGAGAAGACCCUGAUGAUUAUUCACAAGAGGGAGUUGCCAUGAUUUUAAAUAUUUUUACAUUUCUGAUAGAUUUAAAUGAUGAAAUUAAUAUAAUGGAACGCUUAGAUAGAAUUAUAAAACAUAAUAAUAUUACAUCACUUGUUUCUUUUGUAAUUGGUUCAGAAGAUUCAAAAAAAAUUUAUCAAGUAAUGAAGUUAGCUUUAACAUCAGAAAUUCUUUGUGAAUUGAUUUCAAAAACUAUUGCAAUUAAUAAUAAUUCAAAUUGUUUAUCAAUUGAAAAAGAAGAAACUUUAUGUAGAAGUAAUUAUGAAUUAGAAAAAAAUAUAAAAAAUAGUCUAUUAGAAGAAAAGCAUCUAGAUAACGUUGAUGAGAUUAUUAAAAAAAUACAGAAUGGAUUGACUUUUGAAGAGAUAAAAUCAUCAGAAAUUAUAGAUAUAUAUGAUUAUAAGAUUGAUGUUCUCAUGACAAAAAAUCAACAACUUCAAGAACUAAUUGAUAUCAAAUCAGCAGCAUUACAACAAACUGACCAUCUUUUAAAUCAAUUCAGAAGCCAGCAAAUUCAGCAUGAAACAGAAAUGUUAAAAAUGAGAAAUCUCUUAAAACAGUUGAAAUUUCAAAAUGAAAAAUUAGAGAAUGAGUUUAAAUUAUCUGAUCAGGUUCAAAAAGAACUUAAAACAAAUCUGAAUAUAGCAGAACAAACUAUUAAAAAACAAAAGAAGAAAUUAGAAGAACAACAUGAAACUAUAAGUGAAUUAUCACAAACAAUUAAUAACAAGCAGCAAUCUUUAGAAAAUAUUCAGACUGAAUAUAAUAAUGUUUUGGAAAUGAAUACCAUUUUACAGAGACAUUCUGAAACUAUGAAACAGAAACAAGACACAUUAAAUGAACAGAUAUCAGAUUUGAAUUUGGAGAAAAAAAAUCUAUUUAAGCAAUUGAAAGAGAAAGAGAAUACUCUGAAGGAAUUAAAUGAAACAAUCCAGAAAUUAGAAGAAAGUCUACAAGAAAAAGAGAAAAGCUGUGAAAUAUUACUUACAGAAAAUAAUUCUAAAACACAGCUUAUUGAAAAGCUUCAAUCAAACAAAUGUAAACUAGAAGAGAAAUUAAAUUGUUUAGAACUUCUUUGUCAACAACAAGAAGCGACCAUAAAAGAUUAUAAUGUACAGAUUCGUAAUUUAACAGAACAAUUAGACAGACACAAACAAAUUACUGAAAUGAUUCAUAAUUUAAGUUCAGUGCCAGUUUCAACAUCAUCAGUAUCAUAAAUUAUACAUAUAAUUUUUUAUGUUAUAAAUGUUUGGUUUUGAUAAAUAUAGUAGAA